AUGUCGAAUAGCGCAUUUGGCCCGGUUUUGAGUUCAGGCAUUGGUAUGCCCAAUAUUAUAAAUAGUAGUAGUAGUAGUAGUAGUCAUAAUAGUAAUAAUAAUAGUAAUAUUCCAUCAAUGAAAGAAGAGCAUACCACCGCUUUAGGCUUGAAAGCUAUUUAUGCAGCUUGUCGAGUGUUGUAUCCUGAUCAACCGACUCCGUUACAAGUAACAGCUGUUCGAAAAUUUUGGAUGGGUGGACCAGAUCCUCUGGAUUUUAUUAAUAUGUAUGCAAAUCCUGGUUCUGUGGAAUUACAAAGUCCUUCACAUUGGCAUUAUGUAACUAAUGGUUUAUCUGAUUUAUAUGGAGAUUCAAGGUUACACAGUCAUUCUAAUACAACUGAUGGUCCUAGUGGUUUUGGUUUCGAGUUAACAUUUCGUGUAAAACGUGAACCAGGUGAGACAAAUCCACCAACCUGGCCAGCUCAUUUAUUACAAAGUCUUGCACGUUAUGUAUUCUAUUCCCAAGCUCAAUUAAUGGCUGGUGACCACAUCCCCUGGCCUACAUCAUUAGAUAAACAACCGAAUUCAGCGCAACAAUCUGAGAAACGACAGCCUCAUCAACAACAACAACCGACAGAUAAGCAAACGAAUACCGAAGAACUGGAAAAUGCUAGAAAAUCGAUUGCUAUGGCAGCUGCAGCCACUGCAGCGUCUAUCUUAGCUGCUAAUAUCGCCAAAACAGGAAUGACAGCGUCAACAUCAGCUACUCUAUCGGCAUUGACGAAUCCAUCGACGUAUGCAUCAAUGGUUGCAGCGGCUUUAGCUGCUGUGUAUAAUAAUAGCAACAAUAACAGUAGCUCUUCGUCAGCGAACAACACUUCAGAGGAUACUACAGUUAAGGAAAAGCAAUCAGCCAAUAAUUCAUCAAGUUCACGUAUACAUCAUAUGCUGUUAAUUGAAGAUCCUCAGUUGAAAAAGAUAACAACACCAUAUGGUUAUGUUCAAUUUUUACAGUUGGUUGGAUUGUGCGACGAAGAAUUACGUUUAGUACAACGAUGGACUGGUUCACACGUGGCUGAACUGAUGAGUUGUUCCAUUGAAACUGGUGGUGGUCUCCUUGUCACUGAUAUGCGAAGAAAUUUAAGUCUAUUUGAAUUACAACCAAAUCUAGUGGAUUAUAUCAAUGAAAAGUUGAAACGUGAAGGUUCUAAUUUAUCCGGUGUUACUACGUCGUAUUUCGCUUGGUCACCUAUUACAUUGUCAGCGUUAGGUGAACUUUUGCCUGGUGAGUUGGAAUCACGUCGUCUACGUCGUCAAACACAGAAACAUGACUGCCCUUCACCGUCAGCAUCGUUAUCAACGAGUUGUUUGUAUACGUCGAAAACGAGUGGACAAUCGUUGUCUAAAUCGAUUUUAUUCCCUAAUUAUAGUUCUACGCAUAAAUCGGAUACAGAUAUUGGGUCAAAAACAAUAGCAAUGGAUACGGAUGACACAUUAGUUUCAUAUGCAGUGAAGAAACGAAUUGAAGAAGAUGAAUUUGUUGAUAUUGUUGGUGGCAAUGGAGGAGGAGGUAUAGGUGGUGGUGGUGGUGGUCAUGUCGGUGGAGGUGGCGGUGGCAGCGGUGAGGAUGUUGACUCAACAGCAGCACAAAAGUUAACCAGUGAGAAUUAUAUCCACUCAUCAACUACAGCUAUUGGUUCAAUGUCGCCUGAAGUGAAUUCAUCGUUGAAAAUGUCACGUUUUGAGUCGAAAUCACGUAUUCUAUCAUCUAUGAGUAAUCGUAAUGCAGUAGGCGGCACAGAUGGACAAACAAUUAGUGCACCUGGUGGUUUCUCGGCAUGGUGUGGACGAGUAGGACCGAUGAAUAUGUUUAAUCAAUCACCGUUUGGUGGUCGUCAUGGAAUGAAUAAAACCGGUGGAAAUAGUUGUGCAUCCAGUGGAGGUGUAUUCCGUGGUUCUUUAGUCACCUCACCUACAGAGCUGACAAAUUCACUUGGCGGUGCACUUGGAUUUAAAACAUUCAACUCAGAACUACCAACGAAUAUGAUUACAGAUAAACUGUUUGAUCCGACUACAGCAACUACUACUACGACUACUGAACCUAAAGGAAGUCGUACUCCAGGUACUGGAGGUGGUGGCGGCAGUGGAAGUACUACUGGGGAUGGAUCUGCUCCAUGCACUCCACUAGCACAUUUAUCACUUUCUCCGGCAAGUUUAGAUAUGAUGCCAACACGUGUUAUUGACUAUUUGGAUGUACAUUUAUGUCGUGAAGCUGGUGAAAUGCUCCCGUUGGCGGUGAAUGAUCGUCUACGUCAUGGUAGACAUUUUACCUUUUUAAAUGCUAAUUAUCCUGACCAUGCAAUCACUUUAGUUCCGACUGGUGUGUCUGGAGCAUUUGUUAGUGAAGAGACACCAUAUGUUGCUCGUGGACCAUGGUUACAGAUUCUACUGACAGAUGACUUUUUGGAACAACUGGAAUUUCAAUUUUCAUGUUUAUUAUAUCCAGAUGAAUUACGUCUCCCGUUGGUAUUUCGUUGGCCUGAAAGACACCUACGUAUCUGCUUGAUUGAUGUGAACUCACCAACCUCUUCAUCUGUAAUACCAAGUGGUUGUGGGGGAAGUAAUAUCCCAACGAAUCCUCUUCCAUCCUCAUCAGCGAUGUCAUCCACUUUGAUGAACUCCAGUACGCCUACAACACCUCCUACUACUACCAGUGCUUCGGUUACACCAUCUCAUCCUCAUAGUCACCCGCAUAAUAUUCAUUCUAUUGUAUCGAAGGCAUCGAAUUCCCCGUGUAAUUGGAAUAUAUCAUCAAUGUUUGAGAAUAAAUUGUCAUCGACUAGUGGGACACCUUCUUCAGUUAUGCCACAUCAGCAACAACAACAACAGCAGCAACAGAAUGCAUUUACAAAAACUGAUUUAUUAUUCCCUUCACCGUCAGCAUCGUCAUCAUUAUUUUCAUCAUCUGCAUCGUUAUUUCCACCGGGAUGUAUCCCACCGCCGAAUGUUUUAGCCUCUUUAUUCAGUUCCUCAGCCGCUAGUAAUAUGAACAGUAAUAAUAGUAAUAAUAAUAAUAGUAAUUCUGGAAGUAUUCAUAGAAGUACCAAUACUAGUACUUCUCCUGCCAGCAAUACUCCGAGUACUAAUCCUGGAAGUAACAAUAAUAAUCACAGUGAGUCAUCUCAAACAGAAUUACUAAGAAAUCCUUUUCUCCAAUCAAUAUCUUCUUUACAACAAACCCCGUUGGCACCAACUAUGCCAGUUCCAUCGCAAGCACAUCCUCAACAGCCACAGUCAUCAUCUUUGCCAUGUUCAACAGACUCUGGUGUAAUGAUGAAAAUGGAUCCAACUGCCUUUAUGAAUAAUUGGUCAACAUUUUUACAAACACUUAUGAACAACAGUAGUAGUAGUAGUAAUGCGGAUGUCUUUAGACAGGCGAUGUUCAGUGGUCAUCCUAGUAAUCCUAGUGCUUAUUUUAUGGAAAUAAUGCAAAGUAUCCUGAACAACAGUAGUAGUAGUAGUAGUAGUACUGCUAAUAAUAAUAAUAGCGGUACUAAUCCCAGUGUUAUGCUGCAUCAUCCACUGACUGCUAUUACAUCAUCCGGUGGUGGUGGUGGUGGUGGGGCAGGAUUACCGACUGCCGGCGCCUCCUCCGCCUCGUCGUUGUCGUCGUCAUUAUCAGUAACUAGGCAUUUUUAA